AUGCUAUGUGCUGGUAGCUGGCAGGUUUUGGAAAUGGAGAAUCAAAACGAAAUGGAUAAAACGUUUGAGAAGUUCACAUGGACUAUUCAGAACUUCUCUAAUUCGGAUUCAUGGACGCUGUACUCUGAGCAUUUAUUCCUCUGUGGCCAAUUAUGGCGGAUUCUUAUUUUUCCAAAGGGGUUCCCCGGAGACUACUUGUCAAUUUGUUUGGAAGCUGUCUGUAAUCCUAAAAUGCUUUCUGAUUGGAGCAAAUUUGCAAGGUUCAAAUUCGCUAUAAUUAAUCAGCUCAAUGGCACAAUGACAAUAACUAAAGAAACUGAAAGCCAAUUCAAUGGAAAAUUGACAAGAUGGGGUUUCCUUUUACCUUUACUUCAAUUUAAUGAUCCUAGAAAGGGGUUUAUUGUGAAUGAUACUUGUAUAAUCGAAUCUGAGUUAUCUGUCAGCAAGUCAGAACAUGAGAAACAAGUAGAUCAAGCAGUUAGCAAGAAUGAUGUUUCAGAAUACUCUGCACAUGUUUGUGUUGGAACCAUUGAGCAUACUGACAUGUCUUUGGCGUCAUUUGGUGAGUUCAUGGAUUUUAGGGGCUUAGGGAAAAUUAAAAAAGCUUUUGUUCCACUAUUAGAUGAAGUAUGUUCAAAGCAUCCCUCACUUAUUGAAUGCCAGCAGAAGAGAAGUCGUAUGUUUACUGAAUGGGCAUUCACAGUUUUGGGUCGAGUUCUACAUUUUCUCAAGACUAAAAAGGUGAAAGAUAUGGAUGAUAAUGCUUGUAAGCAUCUUCAAAUUUUAUGGGAGGAACUUGAGACAUUUAGAUUUGAUUUGACGUGGCUUGAACCCCAUGUUCAAUCUGCUUUAAGUAUGAAAAGUUAUAUGGAGAGAGCUGUGCAGGUGAAAAAGAGGAAACGGGAUGUGGCUGCUAUAGAGAUGGAAAUGAAGCGGCUAAAGGCAAAGAUGGCUUCUGCAGAGGUAGAAAUUGAAAUAGCAAGAAGAGACUUGGUGGAAGCAGAAGAAGGCUUGGAAGAAAAAGAUUUGGAUGCUGAACUUGGAUUUGGAGGACCAUAG